AUGGGCAAGCGCAAGGCUGAAGCGCGCGAUGCGUACGUCAUCGUCUCCGCGGAACGUCCUCCCCCGCCCUCGCACGAGCUCUCCCCCGCGGAGAAGGCGUACGUGAAAUGGAUGAAGCGCAGGGGCAUCGUUCUGAACGGCGUCGGCGUCGGCCGCUUCCCUCGCACCGGGCGCGGAUGCGUCGCGACGCGCGACAUCGCCCCCGGGGACGUCCUCGUGAGCGUCCCCGAGGACGCGAUCAUCACCGCGGAGACGUCUGUCGCCGCGGACGCGCUGACGAAGUUCGGGCUCGGCGGCGACGAGAUGAGCGCGGAGGCGUCGCCGCGGCUCGAGCGCGAAGCCCUCGUGCUCGCGGUCCUCGCGGAGAUGUCCCGAGGCCACGAGUCCGACUUCGCGCCCUACCUCGCCGCGCUGCCGACGCUCCGCGCGACGCACUCGCCGCUCGCGUGGUCCGGCGCGGAGCUCGCGGAGCUGGAAGGGACGUCCGCGCUGGAUCACCUGAUGCAGAUGGAGGACGAGGCAUUGGAGCUCCCUUCCAUGACCGCGGAGCACUGGCGGCACGUCGCGCGGCCGUUCCUGGAGGCGAACCCGGAGUUCGCGCGCGCCCCGGGCGGGGUCCGAAGACGCCGCGACGCGGGCGAAGACGACGACGAUAUCGACGACGAGGAGGGCGACGAGGCCGACGACGACGAGGCCGACGCGGAGGUGCUCGAGGCGCAGAAGAUGUACCUCCACGCCGCCGCCCUCGUCGCCGGGUUUUCGUUCACCCUCGGCGGCGACGACGACGACGACGACGAUGACGCAUCCGACUCCGAAGGCGGCGGCGGCGGCGGCGGCGGCGGGACGACGCAGGCGAUGGUGCCGUUCUGGGACAUGCUCAACCACGCCUCCCCGUUGGACGCGUCCGUGCGGCUGACGCACGACCCGGACGCGCGCGAGCUGCGGAUGGUCGCGACGAAACGCGUCCCCGCGGGCGCGGAGGUGUUUAACACGUACGGCCCGCUCGGGGACGCGGAGCUUCUGCGGCGGUACGGGUUCACGCUGAGGAAGAACCCACACGGUGGCGGCGUCGAGUGCGGCGUCAGGGAGCUCAUGGCCGCGGCGUCGAUGGCGAGGUACACCGCGGAGACUGCGGAGAUUCAUCGAUUCGCGGACGACCCCGAGGACAGGGACGCCGACGACGACGCAGACGACUCCGACGAGGACUCCGACGAGGACUCCGAGAGCGACUCCGACUCCGACUCCGACGACGACGACGAAGACGACGAGACGGACGACGAGUACGACCUCGGGAUCGGUGAGGUAUCGAGAAAGGACAUGAUGGAUCGGCUUCGUUGGCUGCGCCGACGCGGUAUUCUGUCGAACAGCCGCGAUAAAUUUUACGUCUCGAGAACGGGGCGGCCGUCCGUCGCGCUGAGACACGCCGUGCGCGUGCUGUCCAUGCACAGGUUUCAGUUCGGGGUGCUGCGCGCCGCGGACGCGUACGAGCGCGGCGAACGAGACGACCAAACGGGGGCGUACUCGGACGAAGACGACGAAGACGACGAAGACGGGUUCGGAGGCGCGAAGCCUAUGACGACUUCCCAAAUUUGGGACGGCGCCGGCGUCGACGACGACGACUCGGACCUCGAGGAGCGCCAAGACCAGAUGAGUAGGGUCGCCGUCGCGCUCGUCGCGUUGGCAGAGACCGCGCUGACGGUCGGACGGUUCCCGACCGCGUCCCUGCGGGUCGACGUAAAGCGUCUGAAGCAGCUCGGCCCGGAGCGCGCGGGCGAGCGCGCGCGCGCGGGGUUGGGCGGGUGGCGAGCCGGGAUCAAGUCCGGCGCGGUCAAGAGGGCGGAGAGCGGCGAUCACAAGCCGAGCUGGAGAGACGAAGAGCGUCGAGCGAUGCACCGCGCGAGGAUGGCGCUCGUGGUGAGGAUCCGGGAGAAGCGCGCGCUGAAGGCGAUGGCGGCGUGGGCGCGGCACCCGUGCCGAAGCGAGGAGGAUUUACUCCCGCCGUUGCGUUCGAGCGACGUCGUCGAGAGAAAGGCGGGGUCGAAGGUUCGCGGCGCCUGCUGCGAGCGAGACUGCGAGCGCGAGGGACGAACGUGCGAGGCAAACUGAUCUAAUUAAUUUUCGCUCUUGACGCCCGCGUGUUCGUCCGCGUGCACGUCCACGUCUACGUUCGUCGUCGCGUAAUACUCCGCGGCUCGCAAGACCUCGUCCUCGAACACGACCUCCCACGCCCCUCCCGGGGCUUUGCUCGGCUUCAGCUUGAUCGGCGAGCACCCGUUCUUUUCCCGCCACGGCUUUUCGCUCUCUUCGACGUCCGCCAUCUCGCUCAGGGGCUUCCAAAUCCGUUUCCUCCACGCCCUGGACUUAUCCCCCGCGAUCGCCUCGGUCUGUCUCACCGGGUCGAACACCGUGACGCUGCGUCGUAAGGUCACCCCGAUGCGCUCGCCAGCGGCGUUGGAGAAGUCCAUCACCGGCUCGUCCCCCGCGGCGGCGUCUUUCAAGUCGUCGACGACGUCCAGGAUGUCGUCCUCGUCCUCGUCCGACGCCUCGUCUUCGUCCUCGCCUCUGAACUCUUUCGGCGGCGCGGGCGCUCCCGGGGCGGUGUUCGUCGGGUGUAUCGCGUGCGUCCACUCCGCGUUGAACGCCAUGUUGAAGAAGAUCGCGCUCCCGGGCUCGAGGGCGACGCGGAACCCGCUCGCGGCUUUCGCUUCGAGCCAUUUGUUCCGAACCUCGCGCGCGUGCGCCGCCGCGUUCGCGACCGACGCGUCGGACGCCCGCAGCGUCGCGCCGAGCUCCCUCUCGCGCGCGAUCGCGAGCGCCUUCGCGCGGCUGAACGGCGCCGCCGCGGCUUUCGCCGCGCUG